UCUCGGUGCAGAUCGGUAAUGUUAAACGCGAGUCUAACCGAGUGAUCACGAGUUACAUUCGUGACCACCAUGUAUCGUUCGAUUUUUACGUAUUCCUUGCUUCUUACUCUCGUUUCGUCAACCUGUUCGAAAACCAUCGAUAUCGAGAGCAACGAGAAAAUAAGGAACCCUAUCACCGACAGAACUACUUUCUCAAGCCCUCCCCCGAUCGAUCAGAUCAACGAUGAAAAUUUGGAAUCGGGAUCGUCUGAUUCGAAACUCGAUACGAAAAGAAGCUUAGUAAUUUUUGUACCAACGAGCGUAAAGGAAGAAGAAAAUGGAGAAUGCAAAGGGCAAAAAACAAAACGAUGCAAGACAUUUCAUGGAGAAAGAGUUGGCGCGCCGAUUCCCAGAGGAAUCCUUCGAACCACGUUGAAGAGCAUAGGAGACCCUUGUAAUAAUGAAAGACGUCGUGAAUAUUUCGUUGGUCGAAAGCCGAGCAUGCAUCUACUUUCUUUGAAAAAACCAAUGACCAUAGAGGAAGCAAAAAAUGCAACUUUUCGUGACCAAGCUCUAUUUGAUUCUCUUCGAAAACAGUUGCUUCAUUAUAAUUUCAAUGUUGGCGCUACUCGCAAAAGUGGAACGGAGCCAAGGAUAAACGUGUAUGACGACGAUAAUUUCGUUUGUUACUGCAGGGAGAAAAGUAAUCCUUCAUCCAGGAAGAAAGACACGAAUAAUCGCGAUAUUAUCUCGAAAUUACGAGCAUUGGCGAGGAAGGAUAAGUGGAGGAAUAAACCUGACGAUCAGAAAGAUGCACUCGUUGGCAAACAAGAUCCACAAUCGGCCCAGACGAAAAUUCCAUCUUUGCCUAACAGGUUCCCCGAGACCUAUUAUCUUCCCAACGAAAUGAACCCAGUCCAGAGUCCAACAUCUAACAGAUUUCCUCAUAUGUAUUAUCUGCCCAACAACGCGGAUCCAACGAUGAUUCCUAGGAAACGUGGACCAAUACCUUAUGCACCGAACACUCAUCGUAAACUGGAUCCUCCACUUUUAAUACCAAAAAACACGAUUGAACAAGCAAUUCCACCGAGAAAUAAUAUUCCAUUUGAUCCAAUUGGACUCGAUUCGGUCGUUGGGCCGGUCAAUCGACAACACGAUUUAAAUAAAAACCAACAAACUGUUGAGCAAACGGAUAAUCCUUCGAACAUGGUUAGCAACAAUCUGUCCCAAUCUCAAAAUAUUAUUCCUGAAACGGCUACACCAAAUUUGUCCAAUAUGAACGAAGAUAAAACUUCGAAAAACGACGAAGAAGGGACGAACGAUUACAAUUCUGUGCCGUCGGAAUCUUUUGAUAAAAGUCAUUUGCCACCGUCUGAAAUUGUUGGAUCUCCCUCCGAUCUCCCUGCUAGCGUGCACGCUAUCGAUCCAAAUUCGAGUGAUGGAUCAUCCACGGGUUUAGGAAACGAAUAUGGGAAUGAAUACGAAAUAACGGGGAGCGGAACGGGGUUGGAUUAUUCGGAUAUCAAAGAAGUUACGGUCGCAUAUUUCACGUCCAGAGCUUAUUCCAACGAAUCAGAGAACGAUGGAUCAACCGGUUACGAUAAUUUACUUGUAAAUAGUACUGGCUCUAUGAACGAUGAUCCAAAAUAUGAUAACCAUUAUAAUUUUAACUCUCGAUUAAAUAAUUCUAUGGAAAAAGCGGAAAUAGGAUCUGAAAACGUAGACGACACGAAAAUGGAUGGGCAUAAUUCAAAAAGUUCGGAUCGAGGAGAUGAAGAAGAAGGUAUGGUAGGAGAAAAUAAUCCAAAUUGGAAUUCAAAUCCAGAGGACAAUAUGGAAAAUCAACAGCCGAAAAAUUUGGAUUACGAGAACUAUGAGAUACCUUCUUCCGUGGAGGAAGAAUUCCCCGCGUUAAUUCCUGAAAAUACGAUGUCCCUGGACGAAGCUGGAACCGUUAAGCUCAAUGAUAAAGACAAUGAAAUGAAUAAAGGAAGAGAUCCGGAUGAUAUUCCUUCGCGAAACGAGAAUGACUCGACUACUUCCUUCGAAUCGACGCUGAAAUCAGUCAGAACCGACGAUUUUCCAAAGGAUCCAUCCGACCAAACAUUGCCAUUCUGCGACAACACGAUGCUGCAUAAAUCGAUAAAAGCUGUAAUUAAUAACUUUGCCACCGGUGACUCCUCUGAAAUGGAUGGCAACGAGGAAACGGUGGGUUCCGCAAAGGGAGAAGAUUUACUACCGGAAAUUGUCCAAGUUCCAAACUUGAAGAGUAUUUUGUCCAUGCCGCCAAUAGAGCAUACUAUUCUGGAUGAAAUAAAGAAUCUCUUAUCGAAAAUGACUGGGAUGGAUAGAAAGAAGUUCGACAGCGACUGGGCAACUAAUGUGAUUAGGAAUAAUUUACGGAACACGGUAUCUGCCGCACCCACUUCAAAAACAGAACUUCCUCCUCUGACUGUGGAGGAGCAUCAAUUCAAGAAUGGUAAAUGGGUGACGAAUAUAGUUGCAUUGGCGGCCUCAAACGAGAAAGCCGAUGAUUCAACGGAUAUGAAAAGAUUGCAAGCUACUGUUAAAAGUCUUCUGCGUGAUCCGGUAGUUGGGUUGCAAACAGGUAAAAAUCCUGCUGUUCAAAACAUAAUUGUUCAAAGCAUAAAAAAUACGUUGAAGCCAGAAAAUCCGACCCAUGAUGUUUUUAACGAUUCGAUCAUUCGAAGCACUUUGAAUGAUGAAUUGAAUAUCAUGGAAAUGGAAAACGAAGAAAUUUCGACUACGGAAAAUAUAUUUAAGUCUACUACUUUCAAUUUAUCGAAUAUCGAUAUGAAAGAAUUUUUGGAAAUUGCUAAAAAUGAAGCAGAUCUAAAUGAUGAAAAAGAAAAUGAAUCUACAUUACAACCGUAUGAAAAGGAUAAAAAAGAUAUGUCAGAUCGAAAAAACGAUAUUUCACCGACUGUGAAAUUUUCGGAUAAUGAUGUAGUUGGAGCGAAAAGAAAUUUUGAAUCCAGGGAAGACACUAUGAAAGCUACUAAAACUUCGAAUGAAGAGAUAAUUCGAGAUAGCAUAGAAUUUUCAGAAUUACCAAGUUAUAACUCGAUGACUGAAACUUGGCCAGAUAAUGAUUCUUCCUCAAGAAUUGAAGAUAAAUCUUCAACUAAGAGAAUUAAAGACCACAGUGUGGAAUAUAGUUCUUCAAGAAUGAAUCCAACAGAAAAUGUCGAUAUCGUGAAUAGAGGCGAAAAUGCGAGUAUAGAAAAAUCGAUGGAAAACGAAGGUUCGGAUACGAUUCCUGCGCAAGAUUUUACUUAUUUGGGAAAAAUCACUGUGAAAAAUGAAGGUAAUAAGAAUGACGUUCAAAGUCUUCGAAAUUCUGAGCUAUUUUAUUAUGGUGAUGGUGUAAAAUUACCGUUGGAGAUAAAAAAAUUAAACGAUGGUUCCUACGCUUUAUCGAUUUCCAGAAAAGUCUGUGAACAAUUAUUAAACAAGGAAUGUCCUUGUUGCGUACCUACAAAAGGUAACGUUGUUCGUACCGUAAAAAGAAAUUCAAGCACGAUAAAUGCUGAUAGAAUAGCGAAACAAAGUAUAAAAAUUUCUAAACGCGAAUCGAUGAAAUCAAUUUUGUCAAACGAGAAAUAUGAUUUAACUGACGACAGCUUACAAAUUUUCUCGAUGCCUGUAGAAGUUUUCGCGAAGAGAUACAAUUUAUCUCUAAACUUGGAGAAAGUGCAAAUUCCGUGGAAUUUCGACGCGAAGGAAAAGAUUGAUGAGCGAUUGAGAGAUCGACUGAAAAAUUUUAGAAAUAAAGAAGAAAAGAACGCUGAUGCUGAUCUUCAGAAAUUACUUACUAUAAGAAUUUCAGAAAACAGUAAACCGAAAACAACUAUUAUAAAAGAGGAAAGAAUAAACAAUCAUCCAGACGAGAAAAAUGAUAUAACAAGUUAUAAAUAUCAUAUAGAAAAUCGAAGAAAUCUUGAAAAGUAUCGACAUCAACGGAAUAUUGAAAAAAGCACAAACAAGCGAAUAGAAAUAGCGACAAAAAUAUUAAACUGGUUAAAAGAUAUAGUUCUAAGUACAAAUACAAGAUAAAUGCUUAUUAGAUACUUAUUAUUUAAACGAUUUUUUAA